CUACUUUCUUAGCCAGGAUGGGAUACUCUGCUAUUACCAUCUUUGAGAAACAGAAAUAUAUCGGUGGAUUAAGGUUUACCAAACCCAAAGAAAAUUCCAAUAUUUGAUGGUUUAACAGAGGACAUGGGAUUCUACACAUCAAAAAGUUUUCUCCCAAAAGUAGCUGCUGCCAGCAAACCUGGAAUGUGUGCCUGUAAAUCCCAGCUUCCAAGUCUCCAUGGCAACGUCAUAGUCCUCGGAGCUGGUGACACAGCAUUUGACUGUGCCACCUCUGCCCUGCGAUGUGGAGCAAGAAAAGUGUUUGUUAUCUUCCGCAAGGGCUUCACCAACAUCAGAGCUGUACCUGAAGAGAUGGACUUGGCCAAGGAAGAGAAGUGUGAGUUCCUCCCGUUCCAUGCCCCUGCUGAAGUGACAGUGAAGAAUGGUAGAAUCACAGGAAUGCAGUUCUACCGAACAGAACAGGAUGAAGAUGGGAACUGGGUGGAGGACAAGGAACAGACAGUGAGGCUGAAGACAGACUUUGUCAUCUCUGCAUUUGGGUCAGGACUCACUGAAGAUGAUGUGAUCAAAGCCAUGUCACCCAUUAAGUUCAACCGCUGGGGUCUCCCUGAAGUGGAUCCAGAAAGCAUGGCGUGCUCUGAGCAAGGAGUUUACUGUGGUGGAGAUUUAGCAGGAGUGGCUCAGACUACUGUGGAGUCUACAAAUGAUGGGAAGCAAGCAUCAUGGCACAUACAUAAGUACCUGCAGUCCCUGGCAGGUGUGUUGAUCCCAGUUGAACCUGCACUCCCCAAGUUCUACACUCCCAUUGACUUGGUGGAUGUCAGUGUGGAAAUGUGUGGACUGAAAUUUGUCAACCCAUUUGGCCUAGCAAGUGCUCCUCCAACCACCAGUGCUCCCAUGAUACGCAGGGCAUUUGAACAGGGAUGGGGAUUUGCUUUAACAAAGACAUAUGCACUGGACAAGGACAUUGUGACCAAUGUGUCUCCCAGAAUAGUUCGUGGCACCACCUCUGGUCAUAUAUAUGGUCCAGGACAGGGAGCUUUCCUGAAUAUCGAGUUGAUUAGUGAGAAGACUGCUGCAUACUGGUGCCAGACUGUCACUGAACUCAAGAAAGACUUUCCUGAUAGGAUUAUCAUUGCAAGUAUUAUGUGCAGCUACAAUAAGGAAGACUGGUGCAAGCUGGCUAAGAUGUCUGAGGAGGCAGGUGCUGAUGCAUUGGAGCUGAAUUUGUCUUGUCCUCAUGGCAUGGGAGAGCGUGGCAUGGGCCUGGCAUGUGGACAGGAUCCAGAACUCGUGCGUAACAUCUGUCGCUGGGUUCACAGCGUUGUGAAGAUACCUUUUUUUGCAAAGAUGACACCAAAUAUCACAAAUAUUGUGGACAUAGCAAGAGCUGCUAAAGAAGGUAAUGCUGAUGGAGUCACUGCCACUAACACUGUAUCUGGUCUGAUGGGGAUAAAGAUGGAUGCUGGUGGAUGGCCACGUGUUGGAAAGGAAAAGAGAACCACUUACGGAGGUGUAUCAGGCAAUGCCAUUCGCCCCAUUGCUUUGCGUGCUGUGUCCGCUAUUGCCAAUGCAUUGCCAGGCUUUCCUAUUCUUGCCACUGGAGGGAUUGAUUCAGCAGAUGCAGGGAUGCAGUUCUUGUAUGCAGGGGCAUCAGUACUGCAGGUUUGCAGUGCUGUCCAGAACCAGGACUUCACAUUGAUUGACGAUUAUGUUACUGGAUUGAAAGCCCUGUUGUAUCUACAGAGCUUGGAUCUGAAGGACUGGGAAGGUCAAAGUCCACCAACCCCUGUCCACCAGCUGGGGAAACCUGUGUUGAAGGUGGCAGACAUCAUUGGGAAGACUUUGCCUAACUUUGGUCCUUACAAGAAGCAGAAGAUGUCAGUUUUUGCUGAGGAGAAGAGGAAAAUUGAUCUUUUGGAUGAGGAGUUUUUGCCGCCACCUAUCAGACCAGCAAACAGCCCAAAGGGAGCAGUUCCCACUGUUCAAGACAUGAUAGGCAAAGCUCUUCCCAUGAUUGGUGCUUACAGUGAUCUGGACAACAAGCAGCAGUCUGUGGCCAGUAUAAUACAGGAGAUGUGUAUCAACUGUGGCAAGUGUUAUAUGACUUGUAAUGACUCUGGUUACCAGGCCAUUACCUUUGAUCCAGAGACUCAUCUGCCUAAAGUAACAGAUGACUGCACUGGCUGCACCCUUUGUGUAUCAGUGUGUCCCAUCAUUGACUGCAUCAAGAUGGUUCCUCGUGUCACCCCCUACAUCCCAAAGAGAGGGAUUCCGCUGAAUGCAGGAGGGAGUGGGGAGACCAACACCCCACCCAUUACUGUGCACUAAAUGGGAGAUAACUCUGGCUUAAGGUUACAUUAUCACUGCUAAGACUGCACCAUUUAUAUUAUGGAUAUGAAAAGCUUUAAGACAGUAAAUGUAAAAAAAAAUAUUGAAGAAUUGUCUAUCACCAUAUGCUCUUAGGUCUACCUCGUCCUAUAGUCAGUAAUAUCACUUGCUGAUUGUUGAAGAACAUAUUUUGAAAUAGGGAAGUUUGCAUUAGGGGACCAGUCUUCUAUAACAUGCACAUGACACACAAAGAUCAUUGAAGAAUAUUCUUAUAUAUAUAAUGCCAAUUUAUAUGGAAUUUAUAUAUUUCUUUUCAUAGUUUAGUGAGUUUUUUUUUCUUAGAUUGCAAGUUUAUUGAAUGCUCAGGCAAGGCUUGUAGGACACUGAGACACUGGGUUCUAAAAAGAAGUGCCAUAUGAUUAAUUUUAAGUGUGUGUCCAUGAUAAGACCAGUCAGAGGGUGGCAAGGUGGGGGUCAACAGAUUUCAACCAAAUUCAUAAUGUAGUUGCAUACAUAGGAGAUAUUCACAUUGAAGGCAACAAUCCCAAAAGAAAUCAUUGGAUAUAAUUAUAAUAUAAUAUUAAAUG